AUGGAGCAAUUCCUGCUCGACAAUGCCGACCGCUACCGGAAGCUGGUCGGCUUGUUCAAACCAGCGGCACUGAACAAGAAAACAGACAGCGGGACAGAGGCGGCCAGCAGCGACAUCACGGUCAGCGCGCGCAUCCGGCCAAUACUUGAGGAGGAGACGAGCCAGGGUUUCCCCGACUCAGUGUUCCGCCGGGGCCCAUCGAGCACCGUCGACGUCCAUGAGCUGAGACAGCCCGUCCGCGGCCUGCCGACUCUCAAUGCAACACAGUCGUCCAACUUCACUGUCGACCAAGUGUUCGGCCCCGACUCGACCACCAAUCAGAUCUAUGAAUCCCUAGUGAAGCCGCUCGUCCCGUGGGCGUGGAGCGGAGGUGUAUCAACCCUGUUUGCCUACGGCCAGACCGGGUCCGGCAAGACAUAUACCGUCAGCGGGCUGCAGCGCCACGUUGCCGGGACGCUGAUGGGCGGGGCGAUGGAGGCCGAGAGAAAGGUGCACAUCUGCAUCAUCGAGCUGGCCGGGCAGACUGCGCACGAUCUCCUCAACGCGCGCAAGCAAAUCUCGAUCCUCGAAGACUCACUCGGCACGACACAGCUAGCCGGCGCCGUCGAGCACCACGUGACGGACAAAGGCGCACUCGUCGCCCUGAUCGACAUCGCAGCAUCGCUGCGCAGCACGGCAUCCACACUGAUGAACGACACGUCGUCGCGCUCGCACGCCAUCUGCCGCAUCCGGCUCGAAGACCCUUCGGACCCGGAAGCCGACGACGGGUUGCUGUACCUAGUCGACCUGGCCGGGUCGGAGGCCGCGCGCGACCGCUCCGCACACGACGCCGCGCGCAUGAAGGAGGCGCGCGAGAUCAACAGCAGCCUCGCGCUGACCAAGACGCUCAAGCACGUCUUCGACCCGGCGGGCGCGCGCGCGCUGCGCACCGUCGUCGUCGCCUGCGUCAACCCGUGCCUGGCCGACGUCGGCGCCAGCAAGAACACGCUGCGCUAUGCCGAGAUGCUGAGGGCGGUCGUGCCGCGCGCCCGACCCGCGGCGUUUGAUCCGGCUGUGCCGGCGACGUGGAAUAACGCCCAGCUGCGGACGUGGAUUGGACGUAGUUCCGGCACGCCGCCCAUCUCCCCAACGCUCCUCGCACCACAAGAAACCGGCCCGCAACUCCUGCGGCUAGCCGUCCCCGAGUUCCUAGCACGGUGCCUGCAGACCGCCGGCGUGACAGCCGAGCAAGCACAGGCGUUCCAGACCAAGUUCUGGAAGCUGCACAUCGACUCGCAGAAGAAGAAACAACAACAACUCACCUCAAACCUCGGACUCAAGCCCAACAGCAGCACAUCCAAGCCCACUAGCGCAGGAACUAGAGGAGAAGAAGAAACAGAGGGGGACGCAGCGCCGACGCGGAUGGAACGCCUCAGCUCGAGCGCGGACCCCGAGCCCGGCGCGGAUAGCAUCCCGUUCAAGCAGCGCAUCCGGCCCGGGAUGGUCGUCGGCUGGAGCCGGACGUGGACGGUGGCCGGCGGGGCGGUGCUGAGGGCGGAGAAGCACCUGGGCGUGGUGCUGUGUCCUGCGGCGGCGGUCGGGCCGCGCGUGUGUGAUGUCCGCGGUAAAGAGAAGGAGCGGUAUCUCUGUGCUAUGGUGCUGCCGGGCAUGAUGUCUGGCGCGUACAGCGUCAGUCUGUGGCGGCAGACGGUGGUCGAUGUUGAGCAGAUGGAGGCUGAGGUGUUGAUGGAGUAUGAUGAGGCUACGCGGUUUUACUACAUGAUGGUGUGAGAGAGACGGCAUGGAGUGAAUUCCUAUGUCCAAUGCUUUGGAAUACGGCCAAAGUCGCAUAGGCCGUUGGUGGUGUGCCCAGAACUGGGAGGAAGCGAGUGUCGCAAACUGGGUUGCAGCUGUAAGUCAGGUGGGGGACUUUUGGAACACCCCUGCCUAUGGAACAGCCCCUGAAUCGGACCCCGCACAACACCACAAACUUCAAUUGCC